AUGCCGCCCAUCUCAGGCUUUUCCCACCCAGUCGGAUCAUUGAUUGUGUCCCUUUUUUCCACUUUUUGUCGCAGUGCUCAGCCUCCCUCUGAUUGGUCCGUCCCUCAAUCGUCCAGGCUCAAAUACAGGCAGCUUUUUAACUCCCACGACAAGAUGAUGAGCGGGCACCUCACAGGCGCGCACCAUCCUGAUGCAGUCCAGUCUUCCUCAGACUCAGCUGGCCACAAUAUGGACGGAAAGCUGACGGCUGAGGAGUUCAUCCUGGCUAUGCAUCUCAUAGAUAUGGCCAUGUCCGGUUUGCCGCUGCCUCCUGUGCUCCCGCCCGAUUACAUCCCCCCAACUUUCAGCGUCCAGUCGGACCAAAAGAGCGUCCAUGAGGAGGUGGAAGAGGAGGCGGAGAGCAACCAGGAGAAGAAACUACCUGGGAACCUGGAGCUGGAGAAAAGGCGCCAGGCUCUUCAGGAGCAGCAGAGGAAGGAGCAGGAGAGGCUGGCGGCGCUGGAGAGGGAGGAACAGGAGAGAAAG